AAUGAAAUCAUAGUGCACAUGCUGAAUGAUAGGCAAUUUCCGUUAUCCUUUUUUCAGAAUGUUUUUAUUUACUUUAUUAAUGAACGUAUUCAUAUUCGAUCGAGUUGCAUCGUAUCGAAUUGGAAGUUUUAAUCAAACAUAUGUCAAUCGCAGGGGUGGAUAUCAAAAAUUUCCACAAGCCAUUCUAUCCAGCAAUGGUGUCAAUAUUUUUUAUGCAGCUCAAAAAUACACCAAUACAUGUGGCACACGGUCCAUUAAUUUCAAUCCCAAACGAACGGCAAAAAUUAUCGGCGGUCAGUCAGCACCUUAUGGUGCAUUCCCCUGGCAAGUUGAAAUACAAAUUUAUAACUAUGAAAUUGGCAUAUAUGAGCAUCAUUGUGGCGGAGCUGUGAUCGGUGAACGUAUUGUCAUGACAGCCGCCCAUUGCACAGAGAUUUCACAGCAACCAUACUUACAUUUAGUGAUAGGUAAUCAUGAUUUAAAAAAGUUUGAUAUGUAUGAAAGGCGUUUUCACAUUGAAGCGAUUAUAAUGCAUCCGGAAUACCGUCGAAAUGGUCCUUAUAGCAAUGAUAUUUCAAUAGUGAAAGUUGCAUCAAACAAUGAUGCUGGUAUAUUAUUCAAUACACACAUAAAACCCAUAUGUUUGCCGCACAAUGAAAAUUUACCUAGCGAAUGCUAUAUAUCCGGAUGGGGUGCUCAAAAUGAAGACAAUAAGAGCAUGGCAGCAGUUCUUCGUGCAGCGGCUGUGCCAUUACUUGAUUUAGAAACAUGUCGAAUGUCAGAUGUAAAUGGUGGUCGUUCGCAAAGCAUUUUAGAUACGAUGAUUUGUGCAGGUUUAUUACAAGGUGGUGUUGAUGCGUGCAAUGGUGAUAGCGGUGGCCCAUUGGCAUGCGAACAUAACAACAAAUUCUUUUUGGUUGGAAUUGUUUCUUGGGGUUCUGGCUGUGCAAAAAAGAAUAAACCCGGCGUUUAUACGCGAGUCAGCGCCUACGUUGAUUGGAUCAAAGAGACAAUGAACCAGUUGAACGCAUAUUGAACAAAUUAGUUAAAAAAAAUUUGAAGAGAGCCACAUCCAUAAAAAAAAUCAGAAAA